CUCCAGCAGCGCCGCUGUGGCUCGAGCCGCCCGGGCUCGAGCAGCGCGCCCGCCGACCGGGCGCGAGGCUUUUCCAAGUCGUGGCCGCCGCCCCCCGCGGCCGGGGCGGCCAGGAGGCACCCCCAUCGCUGGGAUCGGCUACGGGUCGCGUCCUGCGCGUAGCCGCUGGGAGGCGGAGCGCUCGAUGUCGCUCCUGCCGGGGCAGGCGCCCACCAAGAAGCUGAGACUGGACGAGGCGCUGAAGCCAGCAGGACUCGGGAUAUGAGGGCGGCGUGGGCCGAGGCGCCAAGGUGCCCAUGCAGACUCGCGCGGACAUGGGCUUCGGCGGCGCCGUGCCGCCGAAGAGAGGCACCGACGCCAUGUUCGGCAACGCCCCUCCGGGCUACGUGCCCGGGCGUGGCCGUGGCGCCACGGGCUUCAUCGGCGGCGUCAGCCGAGACGAGGUCGACCGCGACGACGACAAGGCCGACCUCGGAGACUCCAACUACGACGAGUUCAGCGGCUACUCGGGCUCGCUCUUUUCCAACAUGGAGUACGAUGAGGAGGACAAGGAGGCGGACGUCGUCUACGACCGCGUGGACGUGAAGAUGGACGACCGCCGCCGCAAGCAGCGCGAGAAGAAGAUGCGCGAGCAGAUCAGGGAGCUCCGCGCCGAGAAGCCCACUAUCCAGCAGCAGUUCGCCGACCUUAAGCGCGAGCUGGCGACCGUCAGCAACGAGGAGUGGGAGGGCAUCCCAGAGGCGCAGGAGCACCUGAAGGUGAAGGGGCGCAAGGCCACGAGCUUCACUCCAACGCCAGACGCGCUGCUGGCGGGCAUGAUGGGAGGUGGCAACAGGGCGGUCGGCGGCGCCGCCACGCCGCUGGGCGGCGCCGGCACCCCGCUGGGCGGCGGCUUCGGCACGCCGAUGGGCCUGCGGACCCCAAUGGGGCUGCGCACGCCGACAGGUCUGCGCACCCCUAUGGGCCUGCGCACCCCGAUGGGCCUGCGCACCCCGCAUGGGGCUGGCACGCCGAUGGGCAUGCACACGCCGAUGAGUGGCAUGCACACGCCGAUGGGCAUGCACACGCCGAUGAGCGGCAUGCACACGCCGAUGGGCAUGGCCACGCCGAUGGGCAUGCGGACACCGAUGGGCAUGGCGACGCCAAUGGGAAUGCAUACGCCCAUGGGCAUGCACACGCCGAUGGGGAUGCGGACGCCAGGCAUGCGCACCCCAGGCCUCCGGACCCCAGGCACUCCGCACACGCCCCAUGGCGGGGGCGGCUCGCUCAACGACCUCGGGGAGGCGCGCGGCACCGUGCUUGCAGUGAAGCUGGAUAGGAUCAUGGACAGCGUGACGGGUCAGACCGUCAUGGACCCGAAGGGCUACCUGACAGAUCUGAACGCACUGCAGGUGCAGUCCGACGCAGACAUCAGCGACAUCAAGAAGGCGCGCACGCUGCUGAAGAGCGUGAUCACCUCCAACCCGAAGCACGGCCCCGGUUGGAUCGCCGCGGCCCGCCUGGAGGAGGUGGCCGGCAAGGUGCAGUCCGCCCGCCAGCUCAUCGCCCAGGGCUGCAAGCACUGCCCCAACAACGAGGACGUUUGGCUCGAGGCCGCGCGGCUGGAGAAGCCCCAGAACGCGAAGGCAGUCGUCGCGAAGGCGGUGAAGUCCCUGCCGCACAGCGUGCGGCUCUGGAUCGACGCGGCGAACCGCGAGCAGGACGUGCAGGCGAAGGCCCGGGUGCUGCGGAAGGCCCUGGAGUUCAUCCCGAACUCUGUCCGCUUGUGGAAGGAGGCUGUCAGUCUGGAGGACGAGGUGGAGGCCCGCGUGAUGCUCGCGCGCGCCGUGGAGUGCGUGCCCCACAGCGUGGAGAUGUGGCUGGCCCUGGCGAAGCUCUCCUCGUACAAGGAGGCGCAGCGGGUGCUCAACGAGGCCCGCAAGCACAUCCCCACCAGCCCGGUCAUCUGGGUCACGGCGGCGAAGCUCGAGGAGACUCAGGGCAACGAGAAGAUGGUCGAGCUCAUCCUCACGCGUGCCAUCGACUCGCUCGCGGCGAACGGUGUCACGCCAGACCGUGACAUGUGGCUGAAGCAGGCCGAGGAGGCAGAGAAGACCGGGUUCAUCAAGACGUGCCAGGCCAUCGUUAAGGUCACCAUCAAGGUCGGGGUCGACGAGGACGUCAAAGGCAUGAAGCAGAACUGGAUCCAGGACGCAGACGCGGCCAUCAACAGAAACUCCAUCGAGGUGUCGCGUGCCAUGUACAAUAACGCCGUCAUGCAUCUGAAGAACAAGAAGGGCCUCUGGCUACGACUCGCGGAGCUGGAGACGAAGUACGGCACCUCGGAGUCCCUCGACAACGUGCUGCAGCGCGCGGUCACGUACUGCCCACACGCCGAGAUCCUGUGGCUCAUGGCGGCCAAGCAGAAGUGGCUCCGCGGAGACGUCGCGUCGGCCCGCCGCAUCCUCGCCGAGGCGUUCAGCCACUCCAAGGACUCGGAGGCGAUCCACUUGGCCGCCGUGAAGCUGGAGAGCGAGAACAACGAGAUCCAGCGUAGCCGCCUGCUUCUCGCGAGGGCUCGGCAGCAGUGCAACACGCCGAAGGUGUGGAUGCAGUCCGUGCAGCUGGAGAGGGAGCAGGGCCUCUUCCAGCAGGCGCUCCACCUCUGCGAGGAAGGCCUGCGGGAGCACCCCUCCUACGCGAAGAUGUGGAUGAUCGGGGGGCAGAUCCACAUGGAGAAGUCGCCGCCCGAGCUGCUGGAGGCCGCCAAGUUCUUCGAGCGCGGGCUGACCAAGUGCCCGCGCAGCGUGCCGCUCUGGCUCUGCGGGGUGGAGUGCGAGGUGCGGCAGCAGAAGUACACGAAGGCGCGCUCCCUGCUGGAGAAGGCGCGCCUGAGGAACCCCGGCGCGGACCUGCUCUGGCUCAAGGGGGUCGAGGUCGAGAUGAUGGACGGCAGCGAGAGGCUGGCGCACCAUCUCAUGAGCCGCGCCCUCCAGGAGUGCCCCACCAGCGGCAUCAUGUGGGCGAAGGCCGUGGAGCUCGAGCCGAAGCAGGGGCAGAACGCGAAGAGCGUGGACGCCCUCAAGAAGUGCGAGAACGACGCGCACGUGAUCGUCUCCGUGGCGAAGCUCUUCUGGCGGGACGGGAAGAACGCAAAGGCCAGGAAGUGGUUCAACCGUGCGGUGACGCUGAACCCGCGCCUGGGCGACGCCUGGGGGGCCUACCUGGCCUUCGAGCUCGAGCACGGCACCGCGCAUGAGCAGCGGGAGGUGAUCCGCAAGUGCGUGGAUGCGGAGCCCAACCAGGGCAUCGACUGGAACCGCGUCGUGAAGAGGGUCGGGAACUGGCGCGCGAAGUGGGCCGUGAAGCUCAAGCGCUACAUCGAGGAGAUGUACGCCGCCGAGCUCGCCGCCAAGGAGCUCAACCGCGAGGUGGAGCUGCUGCUGCAGGGCGAGGACCCCUACGCCGCCAUGGCCGCCGCGGCGGAGGCGGAGGCCGCGGAGAAGGAGGAGGGCGUGGAGGUCAAGGACGAGGCGGGCGUCACGAAGCGCGAGGCCUUCGAGCCGGCCAAGGAGUUCCAGGGUGCGCGGCCGGGCUGGGCCUUCAAGAUGGGCUCGCGCGGCCUGGGCUACUACCGGGACGCGAAGCAGGAGGCGGUCAAGGCGGAGAAGAAGGAGGAGAAGAAGGAGAAGGGCAAGGCGGAGCCGGAGGUCAAGGACGAGAAGAAGGAAGAGAAGAAGGAGGACAAGAAGAAGUGAGGUCGCCGCGGCCACUCUGCCGCCAGUCGGCCCCCCGCAGGAGGAGGACCAUUUCGCGGGAAAGGAAGGAGGGCGGCGGUCCCGGUGGCCCGACCAAGGUAGACGCUUGGCAGUCUCUGUCGUAUCAGCUCUGGCCACUUGCGUGCACCGCUCCGAGCCGCGGUGGCCCGUCGGAGCUCCGUGGGAUCUCCCGCGCAGCGCGCGUCGCGUGUCGAGCUAGGCAGGUCGCGGGCUCGAUCCUCUAUGUCUAUAUGCGCGCUGCGAAUCGACUCGCUCCUUUUUCGCACCUCU